CACAAUUUGUAGGUAGUACAAGAACUGAAAAAUAAUUUUUGGUUGCCAGUAUACCUGUAGUCGUUGCACUGAUCAGUCGAUAGUUUUGUGAUAAAUUAUUUCUCAAGUGAAUUAAAUUAUUAACCAUGGGACGUGAUUCUAGAAAGGUUUCAAGAGAACUUCGGAGUUCUGAAAAAAUUAAUAAGUCGCGUUCAGUCAAAAGAAAGAAUGUUUUUAAUCCGAAAACAGCCGAACGUGAUGAAAGUAUUCAGAGUACAUCUUCUAAAAAAUUAAAACAAAACACUGAAGAUGAUGUACCUGAAGACAGCAGUACUGAAUUUCGAAUAAUAAAUUUUAUUCAGGUAUUCACUGCAAUUUCUGCUCUUAUAAAAUGUAAAAAAUGUGAUGGAAAUGUAGUGUUUCAAACAGCAAGUACACGUGGGCUGGGAUUCAAAAUUGUAGUUGCAUGUAAUAACUGUGGAAAUGAAUAUAUUCCUUCCUGUUCUUUCGUUGGGCAUUCUUAUGAAAUAAACAGACGUUUCAUUUUUGUAAUGAGAAUACUAGGAAUAGGAUACGAAGGAUUGUGCAAGUUUUGCGGCCUGAUGGACAUGCCGUCUUUUUUAGAUAAAUCUACGCAUACAAUUUUACUGAAACAGAUUUUGAAUUGUAGUAAAGCCGUCGCAGAAACCUUCAUGACGAAAGCUGUGAAUGAAGAAAAGCAAGCAAUGCCAACAACUGAAAAUGAAGAUAUAAAUCAUCUAACUGUAUCGGGAGAUGGAACCUGGCAAAAACGGGGAUAUACAUCGUCAUUUGGAGUUUCUUCUAUAAUUGGCUAUUUUACUGGAAAGAUUCUUGACAUAAACAUUAAAAGUGCAUAUUGUAAGCUAUGUGAGUAUUGGAAAAAAAAACAAAUACUGUUGAGUUCGAGGAAUGGUAUCAAUCGCAUGAAGAUGUGUGUUCUGCUAAUCAUCAAGGGUCUUCUGGGAAAAUGGAGGUGGAUGCGAUGGUCGAAAUGUUUUUGUAUUCUGAAACUAAAUAUGGAGUUAAGUAUGCCAACUAUAUUGGUGAUGGUGACUCCAAGACCUAUUCAGGAAUUAUAAAAUCAGAUCCUUACGAAAAUACAACUGUAAAUAAAAAGGAAUGUAUAGGGCAUGUCCAAAAGCGGAUGGGGAGUCGAUUACGUACGCUGAAGAGUAAACAAAAAGGUCUUGGUGGUCGAGGUAAGCUCACAGGAAAAUUAAUAGACAAACUAACUGUGUACUAUGGUUUAGCAAUACGCCGGCAUUGUGAUUCUAUUGAAAAUAUGAAAUCUGCUAUAAUGGCAACCUUUUAUCACUACGGCUCGAGUGAUGAAAAACCGAAUCAUGAUAUGUGUCCAAAAGGCGAAGAAUCUUGGUGCUCUUACCAGCGCGCUGAAGCAAGAGGAGAGCUUGAUACCUUUUCUCACGAUUAUUCUCCUUUACCUUCUGAUGUUUUAAAAGCUAUCAAGCCUAUAUACGAAGAUCUUAGUAAUGAAAAUUUACUUUCAAGAUGUGUAGGUGGAUUCAAUCAGAAUAAUAAUGAAAGCUUUAACCAACUAGUAUGGAAAAUAUGUCCAAAAACGGUAAAUACUAGUUUUACUAUCGUACAAAUAGCUGCAUACGUUGCUAUGUGUAUAUUUAAUGAGGGUAUAAAUUCAUUAUUAGUCUUGAUGAAUACACUAGGACUUAAUUGUGGGCCUAAUUCUCAUCGGUAUGCAGAAAGAAUGGAUGCUGCACGUAUCAAAGUAGCAGAUAAGCGCGCUAAUGAUAACACCCGAGAAGGUCGAUUGCAACGUAGGCACCAGCAAAUCGAUAUUUUGGAAGCUGCUAUGUCGGCUGAAGAGCUAUUAUAUGGUCCAGGAAUAGAUGACUCAGUAUGAAUCUCCAAGGACUUAUGAUGAUCACCGCAAAGGACUUCGGGAGGAACGGGCUCUACAAAAACAGCGAUAACUUUUUGAAUUAUUAAUUUUUUUUUUUGAAAUUUUCGUGAAGUCAAAUCGAAACGUGUUCUAAUAAAGCUAUGUUUUUAUUUUUGUCAAAUAAAGUAAUUAACUACAAAAAAAAAAUUAUUGAAAAUCAUCAUUUUUUCAUACCCC